CCCGCGAAGUUUGUUAGCGCCGGGUGACGCCGCCCGCCCCGACGGCGGAGCGGCCGCGGGGCUGAGGGCUGUGCCCAGGGCACGGCCCCGGGGAUCGGGAGGCUCAGGAGAACCGAGGCGGAGGCGGGCGGGGGCGAGGUGCCGGCGGACGGGCGGCCGUGCCCCGGCGGCUCCGGGCUCUCGCUGGGGCUGCGCUGACCCAGGAGCUUCUCUCGUCCCGGCUCGGCGCUCCGUUCGGCCCCGCUCUCCGCUCGCGUCCCUCCGCACUCCGCCGCGGCCGGGAUAGAUAGCGGCGGCUCGUGAUGCUGUGGGCAGCGCUGCUCCGCUGAGCUGUGGCACCGGCUGCAGAACGCCCCGGCGCCGGGCUCUGGCUGGGUUUUGUCUGACGUUCGGAGGUGGGGAGGAGGUGUGUGUGUGUGUGGGGGGGGGAGCAGCAGGAAGGGAGCGAGCGCUGUAAACUUCACGCGGGGUUUGUCAUGUGAAACCUUCAUUUGGUCCGAUACCGUUCGGAGUGACUGGAGGGGUUUCUGUUACAUGGGCAUCUUUUUGUUCCAAAGACGUCUGCACCCCUCCGUUGGGAGCACCCCUGGAUGAGGUAUGUACCGAGCGCUGGCAGGAGAGAGCUCGUUGCCGUGAUUGCAGUUUGAUUAAGUAAAAUGGUGUCAGAUGAUGAGGUCCGGAGUUUUUUCUUAUUGCUAAAAUUAUCGUGCUAUUUUCUGUGUGCCGGUAAAUGAUCACAGUAACAGUUUCGGCGUCUUCUUUCUGAAGAAAAAGGGAGGAAUGUAACACGGAGACAGGUAGCAAAACACUCCUUCUUGAGUAUCUACAAGUUUAAAAAAAAACAACAAAAAAUGCAACAUAGCGUGGCUUUUUUAACCUGCUAAAGGUGUGGCAAUGUUUCUUAUUUCCUUAUAUGUAUCCUCUUGUUUUCAUUGUUAUUGUUCACCUUUCCUUAAAGGAAUAUGGCAUUCUCAGCUGGGGGUGGCAUUGCUGUUCACACGGAUCGGGAUCAUGAGAAGGAUCGGGUGCUGUGUGAUACAGUAUUGAACAGCAAUACGUACAGCACAGAAAAAAUUACUUGGGAAUUCCUAAUUAAUUCUUCCCAGAUGACACCUUGUACCCAUUGCUAGCGCAGGUUUUCUCUUCUCAGGAAAGGAGAAAAAAAAACGUGUGAUUGUAGUAGAGAUAUUUGUUAUGCAGGCAGAGUUUAUUAAAUCAACUGUAAAAGAAAUGAGUAUAACGUCCUUAAACAGUUUAGAAGAAGAAUGUGUAAUCCUGAUUUGCUUGAGGUUAAAAUUAGUCUGGUAGCAACCAGGAACAUCUUUGCUUUAUUAUCCGCUGCUCUUCGGAAUGAGAGGCACAACCAUUUGAAUAAAAGCAUUUUAAAACAGAGCCGAUAAAAGCUGUAAUUGUUGGGUUGAGCCAGCAGGCAUCUAUUGCUGAGGGGGAAAAGUUGGCAAGGGAAAGAAAUGGGUUAUUUGCUGUGAAUUUAUCCCACCAGCCAGUCAGUAACACGGAAACCCAUGGUAAUUAAAUGGAGAUACCUGCAGAACUCCAGGUGGGAGGGGAAGUGGGUUUUUGGCAUUAUAGGGAUGAGCCUGUGGGUGCCUUUCAUCCUGCCUGUUGUUCUUAGGUGAAUGGUGUUAGCUGCGUUGCAUAAAAGACACCAUUAGGAGUCUUUAUGCUCUGCUGAAGGAAUGGCACCUCAUGGCCAACGCAAGUGUUUCUGUGUUCGCAGGUUUCUGAUUGGGCAACAGAAGUUUACAAAGGGAAUAACUUUUUUUUCCGGUCAUUUCUGACUUCCAUCCCUCCAUGUGGUCAUCCCCAAGUGCCGGCACACUGUGGUUCCACUGAGAAUUUGGUGCUGAAAGUGUUACGUGCUAGAGAGGGAGAGCUCGGGUGGUUCUCCUCUCUGGUGGAUGGAGAGUCUUAGAGCAACAUUUCUCAGGCUCAGUUUCUUUCUCUAAGGCAUAGAAACCUCGUCCUGUCGUCGAAGCAGUAUUCCUCAUCACCGUAUGGGAUAAGUAUUUCUGGACCUGGUGCGGUUGGAGUCCCAGCAUGCUCGGCACUGUGCAGACGUGUCAGGAGAAACAGCUCUCCUCUGAAGGACUUGCAAGCCUUACCACGUGGGAGCAAGGAGAAAGCAUUUGCGUAUCUUUGUGCAUUCAAAACUGUUUCAAUUAUACCUACUUGUCCUUUAGCUCGUUCUUAAUUAGCUGUCGGUAUCGUAGAAGAAAUGUAUAAGUAUGGAGAUCAAAAUAUUUUAAAAUAGAAACUAGAAGGGUUUGAUUGUGGAUUUCCCUUUCUUGUUUUGAUUCCUUUUCUUUUCAUAUCAGCACUUUUUCAGUUAUCGGUAUAAUCACUGUAUUGCUCGUAAUUACUUUCUGAGGAAGAACGUCAAAUGUUCACUGUUUCUAUUCAGGCUAUUAAAAUUGCUCUAUCAAUCAUCCUCUUUUGAAAAUUAUAAUAAGUUCUACCCUUCUUUAGAUAACUGCUAAAGCUUCCCAGCUCUCCUUCUCUCCCAAAACAGCAGGAGAAAAUAUAUCACAGCAUUUUAAGAAAGUCACCUUCUUGUUCCCUGUGUGAACUGGUCCUGUGACUAACCAGAAAUCAAGAGGAGUUAGAAUUCUCCCUGUUGUCCGAGAUGGUUUCCCAGCCUUUUACAUAUUACUUGAUUUAGAUUUUAUCUGAGGGGUCUUGGUACUCUGCUAGCACCCAGGCAUUCUGCUAGGCUGUGCAUAACCACGCAGCAGAGGGCAGUGGUAAGAUUUGCCCCUGCCUUCACCCGUUCUUCAGAUAUGAGGUGUGGAGACUUACAAAGUUGAGAGUGUCUUCAGCUCUCAGCUGAUGUUUAGUAUGUUUGGACCCUGGCAAAGCAGACUGGAAGUACAGGGCAGAUGAAGUUAAAUCCAGGUCUGAACACAGCUUGCCGAUGUGUUCAUAAAAGCCGCUCCAUCUAGUGGCAGCCACUUUGCACAGCCGGUCUGGCAGUGCCAGCCAACUGCCCCAGGUUUAGGGGAGAAGUGGCACCGUCUGAAGUGGUGUGCAGCUACUGGCUUUCUGGUUUUAUUCUUCAGGAUAAGAGACACUUGAGGUUUUUAUCUUUUUUUAAAUCAUGAUCCAUCAUCAGAAUUCAUUACUUACUGCAAGUUGCUGCAUACACUCACAUAAAUACACUGACAGUUUUGAGUGCCGGCAUCGGCGAGAGCUCUUACUCAUCUUUAAUCACCAUUUCUGUUCUUUUAAAAGCCAUUUUAAAAUAAGCAAAGUUGUAGAGGUCAUCUAGGGAAGGGAGCAAACUGAGAGCUUCAGGGACUCGAAACCUCAGCAGGAAGAGGCGGCUCCUGGCUGGGCAGGAGGGCUUUCCCUCACCAGGCUCUGGGCUUAGCUGCAGCAUAGAGCCCUCUCCUGGCACCUCCCUCCAAAGGGAAGGAUUGACAUGAGGGACCCUCAUCUGUGAGGGAGACUGUAAGAAGCCGCAGGGCUCCCAGGAGCGAUGUUUGCAGGUCUCAGGUCAUUGGUUUGGGCUGAAUUGAAACAAACCGGGAAGAACUGGCCACGUGGCUUCUGACCGUUCCAAUGGGGUGCCCCGCGCUCACGGGCCGUGCCCGCCAGGUGCCCAUCUGUGCCUGCAGACAGCGGAGCUCAGCGCUGACGUUGUGUGACGCCAGCCUUCCCACCUCACCGAACAAAGGGACCAACUUUUUGGUUUUUGUCAAUCCGUGCAUCACCUCAGACCCCGAACUGGACACUUCUGGUAGCCCUGAUGCUGAAGUCCAGCCUUGUCUUCAAUAGGCAGCCAUGGAAAACAUUGCUUCAGUGCAUUUCGGUAUUAUAGUUUAUACUGGGACAAGCCAGCAUCUAAAUUAAGAUGUACUAAAUGCCAGUGAAGUACAAUUCCAGAUCACGUGAAGGGCUGUUUUACUGCAACUUUAAUAAAAAUCAACUGCUGCUUGAAUAGGUGCGUGCAGGCAUACUGCUAGAAAUUUCCAAUUAUGAUAUUCCCAGCAGCAAACAACAACAAAAUUAAUGUCAGCUGCAUCCCCCAAAGCCUAAACUGCACCACUAAUGAACUCUCAAGUACUCUCAAAGAAAACUCUUUGCAGAGACAAUAAGCUAGAAAUUACUGUAGUAAUCUGAAUAUAAAAAUACAGAGAAAAAAAAUCAUUGAAAUUCAGAGUAAGACUUGCUUCUCCUGAUCCCAUUAACCACGUUGUUAGCAUAGCAUAUGCAUGCAUAGUGAUAUUGUCACAUAGCUCACUGACACCUCUAAAAGAGCACAGAGAAAUCCUUGUUCUUUCAUUUGUAUUUCAAACAGAGGUAGGGGUUGUAGCACGGCUGGCACCUUCUGAUGAGGACAUAUACUUAACGUGCCUUCAGCAGGGACUAGCUGCCUCCUAACAAUUUGUUUGUCUGUCUGGCAGAAGUGUUUGGUUGCAUACGAUUUUCAAAGCUUUACUCAAACAUAAUCUUCUCGACAUGGGGCUGUGGCUGUAUUUAUUAAAAUGGUUGUCUAUCUUCUGACAGAAAUAAGGCAAAGUAACUGAGUACCACAGCCAUCUCUGCAUGCUAAUAGAACAACUUGGGUUUCGCUCCUGUUUUAAACUGGUGUUAUAAUGCCAAGCCCAAAGUUGCCAGAUUUCACCCAAUGCACACUUGACAGAAGGGUCAUUUUUGCAACACAUACAAUCUUCGAAAUCUACCAGGAACAGCUGUAAGGCACCUUCUGGAAGAAAAAUACCUUACGUGUUAGAUUAUUGCUGUUCAUUUUUUAAUGUGCACUUCGGCGGCAUUUCCCUCCCGCACUAAUCAAACCCUCAGAAUUUUAAGUCUUUAAUAUAUUUCAAGCUUAUCUGAUAAUUAUUUUUUUACUUGCGGACCAACAGUGUCUGCAAAAGCUGACACAGUGAGUAUCUGUGUUGCAUAUGGGACUGUCCUGUGCAUCCUGGCUUGCUUGUAGCUCUUCUUGUAAGCUGCACUGUCGUUGCAGUAUCUUCUGAAAGUGAGGGUUCAUAUACUUCCUGUAGUGCUAUGUGUCUAGGCCUACUGAAUAGAAUGGGAAACAUUCUAUUAAUGAACUAUGGAAGAAGUCUCAGUUGUUCAGAUACCAAGUCAACGCACACUAUAAAUAUCUCAGCCACCAAAUGAUCUCAGCUUCUUUUGGAAAUCCUCAUGGUUUCUCCUCUUUUAAGUGUUACUGUAGAAUUGUAGAAUCAUAGAAUGGUGUAGGUUGGAAGGGACCUUAAAGAUGAUCUUGUUCCAAACUACUGCCCGUCUUUCUAUCAGUUUAUAUGGAAAAACUUGGGUAGGCUUACUUGGGAGGUUUACUCCUUCAGAGUUGUGAUCAGUAAGUACUCUUGAUUUUGGUAGUUAAUCUCUGGUGGCCUUUCUGGACAUUUAUUGUCAGUUGUGUAAGACGAAGAGGUUAGGUCAGCACAAGCCUGUGUUUGGCAUCAGGGAUUUCUUGAGUGUCUCAGACAAUUUCCUCCAUUCUAAAAGCAUGAAAAAGUUUGCUUUUGUUACUGCUGCUGAUGUAAUCAUCUGGUGCCCCAUAGCAGAUGCAGAAUAGCUGAAACAAUGAUUCUAGCUCUUUGCAUUAACUGACUGCCGCUCUGGCAAUGGAAGGGGACCUAAAGCAGGUGUUCAGUGCAUAUUCAGGGAGUGUUGUGUGGACAAAGUUACAUAAAGGAGCACAGCAUAAAAAGAGCUGUGAGACCUGUCUUACAUGUUGAUGUACAGGUGAUGCUCAGAUGCUGAUAUGCAUGCUCUCCCAAGGGUACCAUGACAAGGAACUACAUCCUGCACAAAUCAUCAGCCUCGAGCCAUCAACUCAGAGACCGAUGGCUCCCUGGGCACCUGGCACUGCUGUUCCCCAUUUCUGAGAGAACUGAAUGUCUUCAAGGGUGUCCACAAUUAGAAGAGCUAUGUUGCCGCGUUUCUGACGGGAGCAGCGGUUCCUGGGUCCCCCUCACCUGGAGUUUUGGCCACAGCUUCGCUCUGCUGCCAAACCUUGCAUCAUAUUUUUCUAAGUGAGUGUGAACUCUACUGAUGGAGGCUUCUGAUCCAGACAGAAUGAGUCACUGUUACACCUGCUGAGUUAGCAGUGCUGCUUAUUUUUCCUGAAAUUGUGGAGAGAGCUAGGUAAACACCCACUUCCCUUGUAGUCCAAGCAUCCUAGUUAUGUUGGUUUGCUAGCAGAAGUUAGGAAUUGAAUACCGAAACUUUAUCCAGGUUUUGCAUUUAUAGAAAAAAAGUAAUAUAGAUGCCGAUCAAUUUUCAAUAAAAAUCUCAAGAUCUUAGUAGACCUCAAAUUACUGUAACAGAAUUGUGUGAAUAUGCAGGCAUACUGGGUGAACCAUGAAAUUCAGAGUGCGUGGCUCCUUCUCUGUUCUCUCUGCAUUGUCAGGUUUUCAAAACCCUUGGUGCCUUUUGGAAGGAAAGCAAUAAAGGUGAUGAUUCAGUUUAAUGCUGUUCCUGCAGUGGCACUUGGUAUUAUCUAAAUGAAGCAAGCCCAAAGAGUAUUGGUCUGCAAGGCACUUAGCAAUCAGAAGCUAAGUUCAGAUCUAGAGAAAAAUAUCUUUCUGGUGGAGUAGCUCAGAACGUUUUGAUGAGAAAUGAAAAUUACCUUUCUGUAGAAUACUCAGUUCUCUGUACUUCCAGUUUUUUGCGCCACUUCUAGGGUAAUUCAGUUUCAGUGAAAUCCGGGUGAUUUCUUUCUGAGUGCUCAAGUCAUUCUGACUCCUGCAAGUGGCAAAGGCUAGAGCUGAACUGAAUACAAGAGGAAGGUUGUUUUGUUUGACACAGUUCAGCUAAGUUGUUUGUGGAGUUUGUCUCCCUGUUUAUCUUAACAAAGUUUGAUCUUUUCCCCUUCUAGGAUUUCCUCAGAUGUCUUUUUCCAUCCCCCGAGUCUCUUUGAAACCAACAAGACUGAGGUUAUGAAGUCAAUCCUAGAUGGCCUUGCAGAUACAACUUUCCGAACAAUUACGACAGAUCUCCUUUACGUGGGCUCCAACGAUAUCCAGUACGAAGACAUGAAAGGCGACAUGGCAUCCAAGCUGGGAUACUACCCCCAGAAGUUCCCUCUCUCCUCCUUCAGGGGUGAUCCUUUCCAAGAAAAAAUGACUGCAGGAGAUGAUCCCCUGCUAAGCAUUAUUCCCUCAGACCAGAUCAAUAUCACAGAGUUUUACAACAAGUCCUUGUCCACGUUUAAGGAAAAUGAGGAGAACAUACAGUGUGGGGAGAACUUCAUGGAUAUGGAGUGCUUUAUGAUCCUGAACCCCAGCCAGCAGCUGGCCAUCGCCGUGCUGUCACUCACCCUGGGCACCUUCACAGUCCUAGAGAACCUCCUGGUCCUGUGUGUCAUCCUCCACUCCCGAAGCCUGCGGUGUAGGCCCUCUUACCAUUUCAUUGGCAGCCUAGCUGUGGCUGACCUCCUGGGCAGCGUGAUUUUUGUCUACAGUUUUGUUGAUUUCCAUGUUUUCCACCGGAAGGACAGCCCUAAUGUCUUCUUGUUCAAGCUGGGUGGAGUUACAGCCUCCUUCACCGCCUCCGUAGGUAGCCUUUUUCUCACGGCAAUAGAUCGGUACAUAUCUAUACACAGGCCGCUUGCUUACAAAAGGAUUGUAACCCGACCAAAGGCUGUCGUUGCAUUUUGUGUGAUGUGGACCAUCGCCAUUGUAAUAGCUGUUCUUCCACUGCUUGGCUGGAACUGCAAAAAGCUCAACUCUGUGUGUUCAGACAUAUUCCCUCUCAUCGACGAGACGUACCUGAUGUUCUGGAUCGGGGUCACCAGCGUCCUCUUGCUAUUCAUUGUCUAUGCCUAUAUGUACAUACUAUGGAAGGCGCACAGCCACGCUGUUCGCAUGAUUCAGCGUGGCACGCAGAAAAGCAUAAUCAUUCAGAGUACGGAGGAUGGUAAAGUACAGAUCACUAGACCUGAUCAAACUCGUAUGGACAUCAGGUUAGCCAAAACAUUGGUCCUUAUUCUAGUCGUUUUAAUCAUAUGCUGGGGCCCUCUCCUCGCCAUAAUGGUGUACGAUGUCUUUGGGAAAAUGAACAAGCUCAUCAAGACUGUCUUUGCCUUCUGUAGCAUGCUCUGUCUGCUGAAUUCAACAGUGAAUCCCAUCAUCUAUGCUCUGAGGAGCAAGGACUUGCGACAUGCCUUCCGGAGCAUGUUCCCCACCUGCGAAGGGACUGCACAGCCUCUGGAUAACAGCAUGGAGUCUGACUGCCAGCACAAACACGCCAACAAUGCAGGGAAUGUGCACAGGGCUGCUGAGAGCUGCAUUAAGAGCACAGUUAAGAUUGCCAAAGUGACCAUGUCUGUCUCCACAGACACGACUGCUGAAGCGUUGUAAGUCAGAGACUUCUCAGCGUUGUGAGAAAAGGAGUUAGUUAAAAAAAUAAUAAUUCAACAACAAAGAAAACCAAACCCGUGGCUUAACGUGUUUGUACCCUCCUGUAAUAUCUUUUUGGUUUGUCAUUGUAAGCUAAGCAAUGGUUGUGUUAAGAGCAUUACCAUCAGCCAGUUCUUCGAGUUUUACAAUUAGGGAUCCAAACUAAAUUUUCAAAAGUUGUGGUUUUUUUUUUCCUCCAAAAGCAUUUACUGAAUAAUAGCAAGUUUCCUGAAAGAGCACAGAAAAAACACCAAGCUAGCAAAAGUUCCUUUUAGGGGCGUGAAGAAAAAUUGUGAAACCUAAUUGAAAACUAAUGCAUCCUAAAACAAUACCAUUCAAUAAGAAAAAGCCUUGUAAUCAUGCUGUCCAUCUCAAUGUGAAAUGUAUUUCACGUCUGUAAGUAACAGGAGUUUUUGAUUUUUUCCAAAAGCGGCAGUGCUGAGUUUUAGAAAUUUUGUAAAAUGUGUUGUGUCCUGUGAAUUGUAUGCUGUUUUAUUAUGUGUUAUUGAUAUUUGUCUGAUUAAACAAAGUGAUAAGGUAGAUUUAUGUGGAAAUAAUGUGAAAUGUGAUAUGUAAACCCCAUUGAAAACACUUACUGUAUUUGAAGAAUUCCUAUGAGCUAUUUUGGAAAUUUUACACUUCUAGUGGUCUUCUGUGGACUUAGGGGAGAGGCUUCGUGUUCUUUUACUAAAAUUACUUCCCUACUGCCUUUUAUUUUCACAUGCAUAUGAGAAUAACAGCAAGAGAGGAAUAGAGGAGGAAUAUAAGAGAGGAAUGCACUGGUUCAGACUUUUAAAUACCGCUGCGUUUAUACAGAAGGACAUUUACUGUUGUACAGACUAUCUCCCUCCUCUCGGGUGUUGUGUGAAUACGAACACUGAAGCGAAGGUCCCAGAUUUUGGCUCCUUGAGUCACGUGCUGGUGCUGGACUACUGAAGACAGCAUGUGUCCGGCUCCACGUGCAAUGUAAUCACUGUGCUGUCGAUGUAUACUUGAAGUGUGUCGCAUUCCUGUAUCCCAGGUUUAAGCCAAUUCAGAGCCUGAGAUGCUGGACUCCAGCCUUCACUCAAAGAGGAGGAAGUAUUGUCAGAUUUAGGCAUUUUCUUAUUGUGUGAGCGUGUAUAUAAAUAAAUAUCUAUGUGUGUGUACGUGUGCGUGUGUGUAUGUAAGUAUACUAAGUGUGAGUCAUGGUAGCAUAACUAAGAUAGGAUACUAUGACCAAAUGUAAGCUAUAUUUCUUGUUGCACGCUUUGCACACAAAUUCUGUUUCUAAAAUUGAGUUCUUCCAGAUGAUUACUGAUGAAAGUACCGUAUUACAAACAUACAGAUCCAACACUGAGGGGGGUAUCCAUGUGCUAGAGAAAACAACCUUCCAGCUGUGCUUGAGAAUGAGGUGCAACGAGGCAGAUCCGGGUGUGAGCCAGCACUACCACUGGAGUGGCUGUGAGGGUGUUCCUGGAAAUGGAGGACACCAGAAAUAAAGAACUGUUUCAAUCCUUACGUAUUCAAAUCUGAUUGUGUGAAAUGAGGUGAUUCUUGCUGUGAAAGUAGGAUACAGAGGACAAGGUGUGAUUUCAUCAGCUUUGAGGAAGGUGAAGUUACUCAUGAAAAUGGAGACUCUGCACUGUAGUGGGAUUGUUUUUGCAAGCUGGGAUUUCCACAAGGAGGAUGUUGCUAGUCUUUAAGGCAUGGAUAUUGUCUAACAUUGAAGGUACUGUGUCCUGUUCUCUGCUGCCUUCAUUUUUUGGACUGUUUCCUCACGCCUCUCCUAGCUGCUUUCUGACAAAAUGGCUGUGAGUGGGGCCUAGGCCGCUAGCUGCCUGGUGCAUGCCACAGGUGGGGUGACUCCCUCAGUGACACUGGGCCAGCAGCGCUGCUGUCCUGCAGCGGGGUUGCAUAGGGAAGGAGAGCAGGGUGGUAGCCUUGAGGUUGCUGGCAUGUCUCCGUGGCGUUUGGAUGUGGUAGAGCAGGCAGAGUAGCUGGUAGCACAAAAUGCCAAGCUGAACUUAGCUGGCAGCUCUUUGGUGGCAGAAGUGGCUGCGAAUUCAAGGUGCAAAGAUGCUGCGUGUGAUGACACCUUGCAGAGAUCUCCUCAGAAGAGGUACUGGGCAGCAAAAGAUAUGGGGUUAUUCUCUUCCACCUCCCUCCCUGCAGAUGACCUGAGUGGUGGGACAGGACAUCCCUCCCCUGAGUAGGCCAAGGCAGGUCUUUCUCGUACCUAGAGGUAGUCCUUCCUAAAGCAAUCCUCUUGGAGAGGAUGGGGGAAUCCCACUUAAAAUGUAAAGGUAUUUUAAGAGCCAUUUUUGAAACUGUCUUCUUGUGAAUUAAAUGCAAACUUUGUGGACUUUAGUUGUGCAUUUGAGUUCUAAAUUUUAUGUGAUAAAUCAUGGGACAAUGGGGCUGUCUUGGCACUUAAUUUGGUGCUUACUGAUAGAAUAAGAAAUAGCAUCCUGUGAAACGUUACCGUCUAUCAUCAGGAUCUUCAUUUGCAUAAUGAGUUUUUCUAAAGCUCUGGGAACUGUGUCGGUUCACUUAGAACCAUUUAUUCAAGAGGUGGCAACCAUUCGCCUACAAGUUGCACAUGGAAUAGGACGGCCAAUUCAUUAGCAAAACCUGCUGCCAUUCCAAGAUAAGCUGUACUUCACCUUCAGCUCUAGCAGUUCCCCAUUUGCAGCUGACUGCCUUCACCUAGCGAUAGCGCAGCCAACCUGUGCUCCACAGCCACCCACACUGUCACCACCCAACCAGCGAUAGUCACCAUUAUGUGUACCUGCAAACUCCAAGUGUCGUGUAGCUGUAAGAAGAUCAUCCGUGUCACAUGCGUGCAGAGUUAGAUUCUCAACAGUCUUGUUUGUAUAUUUGUAUAAUAUAAUCUCCGCGACGCUGUGCAAUCGAUAUCCGCGUUUUCUUGCACUGGUCUCUGGAUGAAAAUUUUAGUGUGUCUGUUGCAAGAUAGACAGCACAUUUUGCCUGCUGUUCCUGGGCUGAAUGUAUGUAAAUAAGUGGGAAAAAAAAGUCAUCUGUACAAGCAGUGGCCUAAAAAGUCUGUAAUUGUAGAGGAGGGCAAUUGUCGAAGUUGCUGUGACAUCUCAAAUACUACCUUUGAAUAAACUGUUUACAAGGUCUCUUGGGAUGCUGUCUCAUAGUGAAAAGAAAAUAUUUCCUUGUGAUAAUAUAAGGUAAAGAAAUGGGGCUACCUGAGCUUUUUAUUUCCAGUGUUUCAAAGUGGAGAACUUAACUCUUUAUUGUCUGUAAAUCUAACAUGAUUACUUCCUCUUAGAAGAAUAUUGUAUCAUUAGAUGUUUGUUUGAGCUGGUAACAUCCUCGCAACUGCUGCAAUAUUUUUCAUUAGCAACCUGUAUAAUAGUUUGUACACAAGUACUGUUCAGAUUGUCAUGAAAAGUAGCUUUGACCAUUUACCUACCAGUAGCAGAAUAGUAUUUCUGUAAGAUUUCCAGUGUACUACUACCAUAUCAUAUUUUAUUUCUAUAAUGUAAUUAAACUGUUAUUUAUUCAAGGAAAAAAAAGAAGUAUUCCUCUACUUUUUUUGUUUUCCAAAUUUUGAGGUAAUGAGGAAGCCACGUGAUGAUGCUGCCUCAUCCCACAAUCUGGUGCUCUACGUUUUGUUUAUAAAUUUGUCUGUCAGGUUCCAAAACAACUGCUUAAACAACUUGACGACAGGUUGUCAAGCUUUGUGCGGUUUAAUUGUACGCUGAUAUCUUUGAAGGAGAAGGUAGAUUAUGUAUUUGUGUAUUCAGUACUAUGGAGACGAGAGAAAUGACAUAGUUAAAACUGAAUCUCCUGCUCCAUUAUGUAGGCAAUUUCCCCUUUCCUCUUUAUUAGCAAAAAUGCAAUAAAUCUCUUUUGCCUUCGUCA